AAAAAAAAAAAAAAAAAUGCUAUUCAAAAGAGUAUUUAAUUUUAUAAGUUCGCGUCAGUACGCGUGCUUAUCUUUGAAAUCUGCUCCUCAGCGUCGUUCUCUUGUAUUCAUAGCAUUUUCUAGUUUGUGUGCUUUAGGCAUAUUUAUUUUGUUAUGUUUUGGCUCCUUAGAUUUAGAUUUCGAUUUUAGUGUUCCAGUUUUAGAUAGUAAAAACACAGAAGGAAUUUUACACUCGAAAGUAGAUGUUUGUAAAUUCGACUAUUCUUCAAUUAAAGAAAUAGCACGAGAUAGAAGCAAACCAUACGUUUCUUUUAUUGUUGAUAAUGAACUUAUUAUCAAAAACAAAAAAAUAGAAUUAGAAAAUAUUUUUACUGGAAAACAAAUUUGUAUAAUAGUUGUGAUACCAGAUUCAAUAAUAAAUAAAUCAAAGAAGGAUAAUUUUAGUAAUAAAAAUAUAUACGUUAGAGCUUUAAGUAAUAAUGUAUUUAGAAUUAUUCCAGUGGUUUCGGUACCAAAUUAUGAGAAUUUGUAUAAAGGAAUUGGAUUUUUCUAUUAUCCCGAUGAUUAUUCAUUAAGUAUUACUAUAGGAUUACCAGGACGAAAGGAUAUUAUAAUAACGUCAGAAAAUGUAUUAAGCUUAUCGUUGAGUGAUGAAGCGCAUCUUAAAGAACCUAAUGAAUUACUUCCCAUUUGUAAUGCCACAUCAGAAAUUACUGGUCAAUGGGUUUCCGGUUACUUUUACGAUUCUUUACGUCCUCUUACACGCCAUUCAGAAUUUUUAGAUAUAGAUAAUGAUUAUAUAUUUAUACCUGACCAGUGCAGAAUGAAACUUAUAACACCAGUAGAGCAAUUAUUAUUAUUGGAAAAAAAAACCAUUCAUGCUUAUGGAGAUACAUUUCUUUGGGGGUCCUUGUAUGGUAUAGAAACAGGAUAUAAACAAAGUUGGUGUGAAGAAAAAGAACCAAAGGUUCCGCUUUGUUCAUGUAAUUUUCCUAGACCCUCAUUACCAAGAGAUACACAAUUUGUCAUUGCAAAUAGUUCAAUAUUUGAAAGUUCAUUAUUCUUUCAUCCUAUUAAUGAUUUAUUAGAAAAAAAGAUUUCAUGGAAAGUAGCAUUAAAACAAACUUCACGAAUUCCAAAAGCGGAUAUUGUGAUAAUCUCUGUAUCAAAUAAUAUUUUCAUGGAUUCUUCUAAAUCUUUACGAGAUUUCAAAACAAAAUUAAAAGGGCUACUUUCUAAUAUUAAAGAAAAAUAUCCGAAUUCUGAUAUUUUUGUUAGAACACCCGAGCCCUUUACUCUUUCACAACAUAUUCUGGACAUUUCUAGAAUACGUUAUUUACAAACUCGAGAUGUUACAAUUAAUGUUGUAAAAGAAGUUGGGUUAUAUUUAUGGGAUGUUGGAAUACUUGAUGGAAAAGAUUGGUUUAUGCCUGAUCAAUGCGUAAAAAAAUCAAAAACGCAAUUAUGGUUUAAAAGAGAUGUUGUGAAAUUAGAAUCGCAAUUACUCUUUCAUUCUUAUUAUAAUCUUAAUUAACAUUAACAUAAUGAAUAUUUAUGAUUUAAACUGGUAUAUCGAUACUUAGUACCUUAACCUAACCCCUCUUAUCCUAAAUUUACGUAACUAGGUAUGACAUACUGUAUAAUAGGAUUUUUACAUAAAAUGUAAAAUGGAGGGAUGUGAUAAAUUGUAAGAUAUUGAUAUAUCUUGGUGUAUUUCUUUAUUCACUAUUUAUUCACUAGAACAUAUUUUAACAUCACUCAUUUACAUCGUUCGAAAACCACGAACGUUAUACAUGUAAUUAUAAUCAAAUAUAAAAAAAUCAGCCUGAUCCAGAAUGUCAUUGUACCUUUUAGUUUACAUUUAAGUAGAAUAUUUAUAAUUUCAAAAUUUAUUGCAUGCAUAUAUUCAAUUGAUUGAAUUAUAAAAUAAUCGAUAAUUUAUAAAUUAUAAAUUAUAAUCUAUUCAUUUUAUUCGAUAUCUAAAAGAAGAUUAUCUAUUUAUAUUGCACAAGUAUCGUAAUUAC